AUGAAAGAAUUUGAUUCAUAAUUAUUGGAGAUUAUCAACAUUCUUAAAUCAUCGGCUAACUCUACUGCCUUAGGCAUACAUAAUAGUCUUAUGGAGUAGGAAUCAAUGAAUGCAGAUAGAGAAUGA